UCUCAGCCGGCAGCGAAGCUGCACGAAACGUGCUCUGAACUAUCAACUCACCCACCACGUUUCAUAAAUCCACAGAAAAUGUCAGCGAGCAAGACCUACGAACGUCCAGCCAACUUCAUAGAUCCGGGCAAACCCUCGAAAUGCACCUGGCAUCUGGGCACCAAGGAGCAGACGCCGCAUACGCAACGUGCCUUUCAGCGUGAAAAUAAGGUUUCGCCGGACAUUCUAACGGUGAUUGGAUGCACCCCCCUGGUCAAGCUCAACCAUAUACCAGCCAAGGAGGGCAUUCAGUGUGAGAUGUAUGCCAAGUGCGAGUUCUUAAAUCCGGGUGGUUCGGUCAAGGAUCGCAUUGGCUAUCGCAUGGUUCAGGAUGCGGAGGAGAAAGGACUUUUGAAACCGGGCUAUACUAUCAUAGAGCCUACGUCCGGAAAUACGGGCAUUGGACUGGCGAUGGCUUGCGCUGUGCGAGGCUACAAGUGCAUCAUUGUCAUGCCCGAGAAGAUGUCCAAUGAGAAGGUGUAUGCCCUGCGUGCCCUGGGCGCCAAAAUUAUUCGCACGCCCACGGAGGCAGCUUAUGACUCGCCGGAAGGUCUCAUCUAUGUGGCCCAGGAGCUGCAGCGUAAGACACCCAAUUCCAUUGUGCUGGAUCAGUAUCGCAAUGCGGGCAAUCCCUUGGCGCAUUAUGACGGCACAGCCUCUGAAAUACUGUGGCAGCUGGAUAAUAAAGUGGAUAUGGUUGUGAUCGCAGCUGGCACGGCGGGCACUAUUACCGGUAUCGGGCGCAAAAUCAAGGAACAAGUGCCCAACUGUCAGGUCGUCGGCGUGGAUCCCUAUGGAUCUGUGCUGGCCCGUCCACAGGAGCUAAACAAAACCGAUGUCCAGUUCUAUGAGGUCGAGGGCAUUGGCUACGACUUCCCGCCGACUGUCUUUGACCAGACGGUGGUCGAUGUGUGGACGAAGGUGUACGAUUCGGACUGCUUCCCCAUGAGCCGUCGGCUAAACGCUGAAGAGGGUCUGCUCUGCGGCGGCUCGAGCGGAGGCGCAAUGCAUGCUGCACUGGAUCAAGCACGCACCCUGAAGCCUGGCCAGCGCUGUGUAGUUAUCCUGCCCGACGGCAUUCGUAACUACAUGACCAAGUUCGUAUCCGACAAUUGGAUGGAGGCCCGCGGCUUCAAGCAGCCAGUUAACGAGCAUGGUCACUGGUGGUGGAACGUGCCCAUAGCUCAGCUCCAGCUACCCAGUCCACUCGCGUUGAUAAAGUGUGACGAAACUUUUGCUGGCGCCAUUGCGCUCAUGAAGCAGCAUCGCGUGGAUCAGCUGCCCAUGGUCGACAAGAAUGAUGGUAGCGUUUUGGGCGUCGUGACACAGGAAACCCUAUUGAGCCAGAUUGUCAGCAUGAAUCGUCAGCUGGGUGACCCCGCGAUCAAGGCCCUUAACAAGCGAAUCAUUCGUCUGACUGAGACUGACAUAUUGGGCAAGCUGGCGCGAGUGCUGGAAGUUGAUCCCAGUGUUUUAAUCGUUAAACAAAAUGCACAGUCUAAGGACGUGGUCGUGGCUCUGGCCAUUAAAUUGGAUGUCACCACGUUUAUUGCAUCCGGCGAUAAAGCUAGGCAAAAUGGCAAUGGAAUUGGUGAUCAUUAGAG